GGGAAUGCAAGUCUGGAAACAGGAAGCUGGGGAACGGGAGUCUGGUGAAUGUGGGUCAAGAAACUUAAGUUUGGGAAACAUAAGUCUGGUUUCAAGACUCGAGUCUGGGGAAUAGGAUUCUGGUGACCGUAAGUCUGGAAACUCGAAUAUGGCGAACACAAGUCUUGUUUCAAGACUCGAGUCUUUUGAACACGAGUCGGAACGUGAGUCUGGGAAACGCGAGUCUGGGAACGCGAGUCGGGAAUGCAAGUCUGGGGAACGCGAGUCUGGGGAACGCGAGUCUGGGAACGCAAGUCUGGGGAACGCGAGUCUGGGAACGCAAGUCGGGGAAUGCAAGUCUGGGGAACGCGAGUCGAGGAAUGCAAGUCUGGGGAACGCUAGUCGGGGAAUGCAAGUCUGGGGAACGCGAGUAUGGGAACGCGAGUUGAGGAAUGCAAGUCUGGGGAACUCGAGUCUGGGAACGCGAGUCGGGGAAUGCAAGUCUGGGGAACGCGAGUUGGGGAAUACAAGUCUGGGGAACGCCAGUUGGGGAAUGCAAGUCUGGGGAACGCGAGUAUGGGAAUGCGAGUCGGGGAACGCGAGUCUGGGGAAUGCGAGUCUGGGAACUCGAGUCGGGAAUGCAAGUCUGGGGAACGCAAGUCUGGGAACGCAAGUCUGGGAAACGCGAGUAUGGGAACGCGAGUCGAGGAAUGCAAGUCUGGGGAACGCUAGUCGGGGAAUGCAAGUCUGGGGAACGCGAGUAUGGGAACGCGAGUCGAGGAAUGCAAGUCUGGGGAACGCGAGUCUGGGAACGCGAGUCGGGGAAUGCAAGUCUGGGGAACGCGAGUCGGGAAUGCAAGUCUGGGGAGCGCGAGUCGGGGAAUGCAAGUCUGGGAAACGCGAGUAUGGGAACGCGAGUCGGGGAACGCGAGUUGGGGAAUGCAAGUCUGGGGAAUGCGAGUAUGGGAACGCGAGUCGGGGAACGCGAGUCUGGGAACGCCAGUUGGGGAAUGCAAGUCUGGGGAAUGCGAGUAUGGGAACGCGAGUCGGGGAACGCGAGUCUGGGAACGCGAGUUGGGGAAUGCAAGUCUGGGGAACGCGGAUCUAGGAAUGCAAGUCUAGAGAUCGUGAGUCUGGGAACACGAGUCUAGAGAAUGCGAGUCUGGGAACGCGAGUUGGGGAACGCGAGUAUGGGGAACGCGAGUUGGGGAACGCGAGUUGGGGAACGCGUGUCUGGGAAACGCGAGUAGAUUUGAUUUGUCCCUGUACUUGUUACACUGACUGAUAUGGAGAUACAAGAUGCAUGUCCUUUUCCAGCUUCAUACUGGAACAUGUUGGUAAGUUUCUGCUGUGAAUCGUGACCUGUGAUGGUUUUAGCUUCCAAGAGAUAAAGAAAGGCAUGCCCUGACUCCUCCGCCUGCCUGCUGUGUGAUGCCCAGUGUGAAUCCUAGUGUCCUCUUUCAGUAUUGUUGGUCAUCCCAUCCCAGAAACCC